UAUUAUACACAAUGACAGAGAAGCAUUUAACAUAGUUUAUUCUCAAUAUGUUUUGGGGAUAUGGUGGCGUAUAUAAAUAAUCCAUUGUGCAAAAAGAGCGUCUCCAUCAUCUAAAACCAAACCCAAAAAAAAAAUGGCUUGGUUCUUCUUGUUAUUAGUUUUUCUAAUUCAAGCAAUGCCAAUGAAGCUACAAGCCGAUAAAAAUAUAUUUAUAUUAGCCGGACAGAGCAACAUGGCUGGAAGAGGAGGCGUGGUAAACGACACAAGAAACGGCGUUACAACCUGGGACGGUGUCGUUCCACCACAAUGUCGUUCAAAUCCAUCAAUUUUGAAACUCGACGCGCACCUUAAGUGGGUGAAAGCACACGAACCGCUUCACGGAGACAUAGACACGGUAAAGACAAAUGGGAUUGGACCAGGGAUGGCAUUUGCGAAUUCGGUGUUGGAAAAAAACUUGGGACUCGGUGUGGUCGGUUUGGUCCCAUGUGCGAUUGGUGGAACAAACAUAAGUGAAUGGGAAAGGGGAAAAGUGCUUUACAACCACAUGAUGAAGAGGGUUAAGGAAUCGUUGCGUGAUGAUGGUGGUGGUACUAUUCGUGCACUUCUUUGGUAUCAAGGUGAGUCUGAUACGGUAAGUCUAAGUGAUGCUCAUUCGUACCAAAAUAGAGUUCGCAAGUUUUUCUUGGAUGUUCGUGCUGAUUUGCAGUCUCCAUUGCUUCCCAUAAUUCAGGUGGCUUUGGCAUCAGGAUCAGGCCCUUACAUAGAGAUAGUGAGACAGGCUCAGCUGGGUAUUGACCUUCUGAACCUGAAAACUGUUGAUGCUAAGGGUUUGCCUCUUCAGCCCGACGGGCUUCACCUUUCGACCCCGGCCCAGGUUGAUCUUGGAAAGAUGAUGGCCGAUGCAUUCCUUCAAUUUGUACCCUCUUCAAAUACAAAUAUGUAUGACAAUGUUAGUCCAAUACGUAACAAGGCCUCCAGUUCCAUAGGGCUUUCUAAUUGUGUUUCUCAUAUUUAUAUGGUCCACUUGUUCAUAACAUUUAUGAUUUAUCACAAUGAUGUUCACAACUUUCUUGUAGAUGUGUAAAUUGUAAUGAGUUUAAUUUUGAUACGCUUUUAAUGUAAAAAGAUUUAAACUAUCAAAAAAUCACAAUUACUUAUAUAUUAGUUUUAAAAGUAA